AUGGCUAGCGCAUCCGUAAACGCAGCGGCUUCCUCUACAGCCGCGCCAGCGGAGAAACGGGAACAUUGGAUCACACCCCCAAAAUUUGAUGGAAUGGAUGAAUAUCUCUCGAGAUUCCCGCUUCCUGGUCAUCCCCGAAAUACUACUCCACUAUUACAAACUCCAGAUGAUGCAGAUACGAACACGCUCGCUGAGAUUUAUGCUAAAUUCGAGGUCAACCAUAAAUUAAUACCAGGCAACCCAUACAACCAGAUCAUCAAAUAUAUGCACAAGCAGGAUGUUCGAGUUGAAUAUAAAGGUCGCCUAAUAGACCUCACGUUCAAAGACAUUAUGGAGAGCUCCCAACCGACGAACGCGGAAAUCAAGAACUGGCUUGCAGUUCUUUCUAGUGCCCUGAACGUAGCUGGAAAACUAGACGAUCCCACAGCACCACGCAUGGUUGCAUAUUUGUUGUACGGCCUCUUCGACCUUAAGUCAAGGUUUGAAGAACUUGAAAAGCUUCAUCAGGACCUGCUUCAUGAGGACCUUCUCCGUCAUAUCGAUGCAGUGAUUUUGAAUGCGCAAAAAAUCCGCGAUGACAGCAAAUUUCAUCCAGCAUCUUAUCUCGGAUGGGAACAUGCAAUCCUUAAACCGGAGAAGGGAUUUGGAGAUAUAGGUUUGUAG